CACAAGGCAAGCGCAUCGUCUGGCGCUUGGGGUCCCCAUGGGGCACCAAGGCCAGUUCGCUUCAUUCGGCCGACGCCAUCACGAAUCAAGGAUGUCUCCGUACAGGCUCCCCAUGCAGUCUCCCAUACAUAUAAGUCGUUACCGUUCCAACGGUUUUCCGAUCCACAGCUGUUGCACGCAGCUCCAACUACUCUGUUUCUUUUGUUCAUUCCCAAGGCCACAUCAUGUCAAAGGACGACGCGCCAGCACCCGCAAUUCUGGAGGAGAUCGGCAAGAAUGAGGAAGUCAACACGCACGAGGAGUACCACAAACCGGCGCCCGUCACCAAGGGCAUGGACAAAGCAGCUGCACUGCUCGCCUCGAACGAGCGCAUCAUUGUAACACCCGAGGAGAACAAGCGUGUCUUGCGCAAAAUCGACCUCGUCUUGCUUCCGAUCCUGCUUUCUGUGUAUUUUCUCCAAAGCUUGGACAAAACCACGCUCUCGUACGCCUCCGUCUUUGGUCUUAUUGAAGAUGCCGACCUCAACCCGAACUCCGACCAGUUCUCAUGGCUCGGCUCCAUCGUAUACAUCGCUCAGAUGGUCAUGCAGCCGCUCGUUGCACUCCUACUCGUCAAGCUUCCGAUAGGAAAGUUCCUCGGCGUGAUGGUGUUCACCUGGGGCGCAAUAUUAUGUGGUAUGGCGGGUGCAAAAAACUUUGCAGGAUUGAUGGCAACUCGAUUUCUCCUAGGGGCCUUCGAGGCUGCGGUCGCCCCAGCCUUUAUCGCAAUCGUCCAAAUGUGGUAUAAACGCUCAGAGCAGACCAACCGUAAUGCCGCGUGGUACGCCAUGCUGGGUAUCGUCAACAUCCUGGGCAGUCUGCUGUCCUAUGGCCUCGGCCACAUCCAGUCGAACCUGCUCCACUCGUAUCAGAUCAUCUUUCUCUUCUGCGGUCUGCUCACCGCCGUCGUAUCCAUAUUCGUGUUCCUCUUCACCCCAGACUCGCCCAUGGAGGCUAAGUUCCUCAAGGGCAACGAUAAAUUGAUUGCGGUGGAGCGUCUGCGGAUGAACCAGAUGGGAGUCGCCUCACGAGUUUGGAAGUGGGACCAUGUGCUCGAGGCAUUCAUCGACCCAAAGACAUGGUUGUGGUUCCUUAUGCUCACCGCAGUGUCCAUUCCCAGCGGCGGCAUCACGACAUUUGGGCCAUUGAUCAUCCAGUCCUUCGGCUUCGGAAAGUUCGCAACCAUCCUCUUCAACAUGCCCUUUGGAGCCGUACAGAUCAUUGCCACCAUCGGCGGUGCCUGGCUCGCAACUUGGCUAAAGAAGAAAUCGCCCGUCCUCAUCCUGCUCUGCAUCCCCCCGAUCAUCGGUAUCAUCGUGCUGAUGGUCGUCGGCCGAGAGAAGCAGCACCGUGGCGUUCUUCUCUUCGGCUACUACAUGACCUCCUUCUACCCCGGCAUCUCGCCACUCAUCUACUCAUGGUCCGGCCAGAACACCGGAGGCGACACCAAGCGCAAGGUGACCACCAGCAUUCUCUUUGUUGGCGCGAGCGCAGGCAACAUCAUCGGCCCGCAUCUCUUCAAGCCUUCGGAGAAACCCUAUUACCGACGCGGUUUACGCGCCAAUCUCGCCCUCUUCGUUGCUAUCAUCGUCUUUGUCGUGCUGGCGAUGGUCUGGAUCACGAUUCUGAAUCGCAAGCAUGCCGCUGAGCGAGAGCGUUUGGGCAAGUCGGCCAAGGUGGUGGAUCUUAGCAUGGAGACGAGUGAUCACCCGGAGGGUGAGGAGGCGGUGAAUGCGAGCCAGGGGGGCGUUGGAGAUAAGGCGUUUGACGACAUCACGGACAUCAAGAACGAGGAUUUCAUCUAUCUUUAUUGA